AUGCCAAGUGUAAACUGUGCUGUUAUUGGCUGUUUUAAUAGCACUAAGAAGCUGCGAAAAUGGAAGAAGGAACGAUGUGAAAUUCACGAAGUUAACCAUGAAGAAUGUUCAUGUCAGCGACCGUUUAGUUUGUAUUGCUUUCCAAGCGUCCUUAGAAAUAACGAACAGAGACAGCGUUGGAUAAAAGCUAUGAGAAGAAUUAACCCAGAUAAAAGUGAUUGGGUACCAAAACAAAGUGACAGGGUAUGCUCUGUUCAUUUUGUUGAUGGAAUACCUUCCCAAAAGUAUCCAGACCCAACACUAGAAUUGGGGUACGACACUCCUGUUACUAAAAAACCUAGGAGGGAACUAUUUCGACAUUCUCUGGAAAAGUCAUCUCUUGAUUCAGAAGAUGUUCCCAGCAAUGAAGCCCAAGAAGAGGAACCUUGUUGCUCAAAUAUUUCUGACGCAUCAGGAUUUUUUUCACCGACAAUACCAGACCACUCUUACACUAUUUCUUCACCGCCUACAUGUGAAUCAUGCAAAGACAAGAGCGAAAUGAUCAAAUCUUUGGUCAGUAAAGUGAACUCCUUAACUGUACAAGUAAAGAAGUAUAGAGGCAAAGCCUUUGAAAUUGUUAAAAAUACAACAAUGACUUGGAGAAUCAUUAAAAGUGAUUCCAAAAUGAAUUAUUACACUGGUCUAUCUUCUAUCAUGUUAUUUAACACUCUGUUAUUGUUAUUAAAGCCUUACUUACAGCAAGUGAAUUAUUGA